AGGAUGGAAGUGAAAUACAAUUAUAUGCUGACCCAGGAGUCAGACUAAGACUGAGUCCUGCUCUCUGACCUUGCUGUAGCUGGACCAUGAACUUGCUCUUUGGCUUCAUGCUUUAGAAACCUUAGUAGUAACUCAGUGAAGCUGCUGGAAAUCAUGGCAUUCUCUCCAUGGAAGCUGUCCUCUCAGAAGCUCGGCUUUUUUUUGGUGACUUUUGGUUUCAUUUGGGGAAUGAUGCUUCUGCAUUUUACUAUUCAGCAGCAAACGCAGCAUGAAAGCAGUUCAGUCCUGCGUGAACAAAUUUUGGAUCUCAGCAAAAGAUACAUCAAAGCAUUAGCUGAAGAAAAUAAAAAUGUUGUAGAUGGGCCUUAUGUUGGGACAGUGACAGCAUACGAUCUGAAGAAAACACUUGCUGUCUUACUGGAUAAUAUCUUGCAGCGCAUUGGGAAGUUGGAAUCAAAGGUGGAAAAUCUCGUACUUAAUGGAACAGGAGCAAACUCUACCAACAAUACUACCACUGCUGCUCCCAGCCUGGGGGCGGCUGAAAAGCUUAAUGUAGCAGAUCUCAUAAAUGGAGCCCAAGAACAGUGUGAAUUGCCUCCUAUGGAUGGUUUUCCUCACUGUGAAGGGAAAAUAAAGUGGAUGAAAGAUAUGUGGCGAUCAGAUCCCUGUUAUGCGAGUUACGGCGUAGAUGGGUCCACAUGCUCCUUUUUUAUUUACCUCAGUGAGGUUGAAAAUUGGUGUCCUCGUUUACCUUGGAGAGCAAAAAAUCCUAAUGAAGAAGCUGAUCAAAAAGCUUUGGCUGAAAUUCGUGUAAAUUUUGAUUAUCUCUACAAAAUGAUGUCAAGACAUGAGGAAUUCCGGUGGAUGAUGUUACGCAUCAGACGGAUGGCUGAUGCCUGGAUUGAAUCAAUUAAAUCACUUGCAGAAAAACAAAAUUUAGAGAAGAGAAAACGAAAAAAAAUUCUUGUUCAUUUGGGGCUUCUGACAAAAGAAUCAGGAUUCAAAAUUGCAGAGAAUGCGUUUAGUGGUGGCCCACUUGGUGAACUGGUCCAGUGGAGUGAUCUAAUUACAUCUCUCUACCUACUGGGGCAUGACAUCAGGAUUUCAGCCUCACUGGCAGAGCUCAAGGAAAUUAUGAAGAAGGUUGUAGGUAACAGAUCUGGCUGUCCUACCCAGGGGGACAAAGUUGUAGAACUCAUUUACAUUGAUAUUGUGGGACUCACUCAGUUUAAGAAGACUCUUGGUCCAUCAUGGGUACAUUACCAGUGCAUGUUGAGAGUCUUGGAUUCCUUUGGAACGGAACCAGAGUUUAACCAUGCCCAUUACGCCCAAUCUAAAGGCCACAAGACACCAUGGGGAAAAUGGAACCUGAAUCCACAGCAGUUUUAUACAAUGUUCCCUCAUACUCCAGAUAACAGCUUCCUUGGAUUUGUGGUAGAGCAACAUCUGAAUUCUAGUGACAUUAAGCACAUUAAUGACAUCAAAAGGCAGAAUCAAUCUCUAGUUUAUGGCAAAGUGGAUAACUUCUGGAAGGAUAAGAAGGCCUAUCUGGACAUCAUUCACACAUACAUGGAAGUCCAUGGAACUGUUCAUGGGACAAGCACUGUUCAUAUGCCUGGCUAUGUGAAAAACCACGGAAUACUCAGUGGCCGUGACUUGCAGUUUCUGCUGAGAGAGACCAAACUGUUUGUUGGUCUUGGAUUCCCAUAUGAAGGGCCUGCUCCUUUGGAGGCCAUUGCUAAUGGCUGCGCUUUUCUGAAUUUAAGAUUCAGCCCACCAAAAAGCAGCAAGAAUACAGAAUUUUUCAAAGGCAAGCCUACCCUGCGAGAGCUGACGUCUCAGCAUCCCUAUGCCGAAGUUUACAUCGGGAAGCCUCAUGUCUGGACCGUAGACAUCAAUGAUCAUUCUGAAGUUGAGAAAGCGGUGAAAGCAAUUUUGAAUCAAAAGAUUGACCCGUAUUUACCCUACGAAUUUACGUGCGAGGGGAUGCUGCAGAGGAUGAACGCGUUCAUCGAGAGGCAGGAUUUCUGCCACGGGCAAGUCAUGUGGCCCCCGUUAAGUGCCCUUCAAGUAAAAAUUGCUGAACCUGGAAAAUCCUGUAAACAAGUUUGUCAGGAAAACCAGCUCAUCUGCGAGCCCUCCUUCUUCCAGCACCUGAACAAGGACAAGGCUCUGCUCAGGCAUCAUAUUGAAUGUCACACCGUCGAGUCUGCAAACGACAUUGUGGUCCCCUCUUUCGACGGCAGAAGGAAACACUGCGUCUUCCAAGGCGACCUCUUGCUGUUCAGCUGUGCUGGAUCCCACCCAACGCACAGAAGGAUCUGCCCCUGCAGAGACUAUAUCAAGGGACAGGUCGCGCUUUGUAAAGACUGCCUAUAGCAGCAGCCGAGCUCCGUGACGUUGGGGAGAAAAUGUGAGUAGUUUUGACAGAAGCUACUUGUUACUUCCUGCACUUUUGUCCAGGUUUCUUGCUGCAGGCAGAGCUAUCCUUGCUGGGCAGAAUUAUCUACUGAGAGAGGAGGGAUUCGUAAGGAACUGC